UCCCGUGCCGCCGCCGCCUUCGCUCCUCCCCGCCGUCCUCCACCAGCUCCCUCCCCCACUGCUCGCCUCGCCGCCGCCACCGCCUCCGUCAAACCAUCGCUGGCGCAGGGAGGACUCCUUGCGGCGGACUCCGAAACCCUAGACACUGCCCCCAACGCCAGUCACGCCGUCCUGUCCACCGCCGCGUCCUCCUCCUCCCCAUCACCCGCCGCCAACGCCACCGCCACCGCCACCAACACCUACUCCUCCGUCCACCCACCACCGACGCCGAAUCCACCACCCACCCGCAACCGAUGCCGAAUCCCCCGCCGUCGAGUCCGCUUCAGAUCCCCCCGCCGGGCCGACUCCUACUCCUCCUCCUCCCCGCUGCCAACGCCUACUCCUCCUCCCCGGCUCCCCCCGCCGUCGAUGCCUACUCCUCCGCGUCGCCAUCGGCUCCAGAUUGUCGUCAUCAGGUGGCUCCUCCCGCGGCGCCCCCACUGCCAGCGCCACCGCCACCAACGCCCCAUCCUCCUCCCCAGUCGCCGCACCACGCCUCCACCGCCGACGCCCCCAUCGCCGCCGUCUCCUCCUGCCUCAUCACGUAGGCGCACCCUCGACCGAUCCCUGCCGCCGGAAGUCCUCACCACGCCACUUCCCCACCCCGCCCAACCACCGCGCCGCCUCGCUCCUCUCCCAUCGCCGAUCCCACGUCCCCAAAUCACCGUGGAAUCCACGCCCCACAAGCCCACGACCUCCCAGGUCUACAAGCCGGAUUCAUCAUCGACCUCACCUCCGCAGGCCGGCUGCAUCAACCCCCCACAUCCCGGCCUCCCACUAGACCACCACCCCCAUCCCGCGGCGGCCUUCGUCGUCGACUCCGCUUCCCCGUGCGCAGCCCACGUCCACGCCAAAAGUCCGUCGCCUACGCCACAUCUCGCGACUGGAUCCGCUCCUCUCCGUCGAUCUCCACCACGGUCCCUUUCGCGCCGCACCGGAAGCUGGCCGCCAGUCCUCCGGUCGUCGCUGGAUGCUGUCGGCAGGUGGAUGCAGUACUCGCCCGUCUCCCCUCCAUCACUGAGGGACAUUCCCAUCUACAAAAGUUUCUGCAGGUACACUUGGCGGCAUCACUAAUUUAACUCCGAUUUAAUUUACGCGGAAGCGUGCUAGGGAGCGGUAUGCUGCUCUUAGUGCUGGCGACAAGGAAGCUAGGCUUCAAAAGAUGCGAGAGUACUACCAGCGAAAAAAGAGUAUUGAUCCUGUACCUACCCAUGGUAUUUAAAUUAUUAUCUCACAAACGGCGUAGAUCUGAAGUGAAAUCUUACCACUGGACACAAGCUCACUCUUCUUCAGGACGUCAGGUUCCUUCAUCACCCGGGUACUCUUCCCUACUGUGAAAGUAAGACCAGUUUCUUCUGUUUGUCCUGUUUUUACUUGAUUAAUUUCUGCGAUAUCAAUUUUUUAACAUGCAAUGGAAAUAUCGUUGAUCUAUGUUGUGUCUGUCAAUUUAUUUAUCUGUGAUGCCGCAUUUACAUGUGGUGCACACUCAUCACUAUAACGACUUCUCCUAUGGUAUUAACAUACUGUUUGGUCAUGAUCCUGGUAGUUGUUUUACUGGCUAGGUGCUCACAUUAGACAUAAAAUUUUGGAUGUGAUUAUAUAUAUACUUCCUCAUGGUAAGUGUCUCAUGUUAAGUUCUGAUGAUCAGCGCAAUUGCUGAUGGGAAUUCAUGGUGAUAAACCACACCUGAAUUCAUGAUGAUAAACCACACCUUAAUUCUAUAAAUGUGAGAGAAGACCUCCACUCAAUGAAAUUUAGUCAAUAUGCGAGCAGAAAAUACACUAAUCCCUGAUUCAGUCAUGGAGUAAAUUGCAUCAUCUAUGCUCACACGGUUAGUUUCUUUACCUGUAUAUUAUCUUCCUUACCAAUGCAGUCAUCUUACUGCUAUCAAUGCAUCUUGGCAGAAUCAUUUCCUUCAAUUAAGCUUAAUGAGUAUAGAAAAGGAAGGUUGUUAAUAUUAUUGCAUAUCGCUGUAAACUAUUGUUUACUGCACAUUUGAUUAUCUGGAAUGCAGUACGAGAGAACACUUUGCCGGUUUGCCUUGCCCCAUCAAUUUCCGUAUCCAUUUAACGUUGCAGAGAAUAGGCUGCAGUACUUACGAACUCUAAUUUAGAUCACAUUAAUACAUAACCACACAUUUUUUUAGCUGACACUGAUUCCGUGAGCAUUAGUUCAUAAUUUACAUUGCAUAAAGUUUAUUCUCUCUACUACAUGUGUUUCUUUUAACUGAUGUUGGUCACCUCUAUUGUAUUUAACUCGGGUUCAUGGAAAGGUACUUCUGAGGACUGAGGCCUAUAUAACCCUUCCUCCAUCUAUGAGCCUUCUAAGGCAUCAUUUGGCAGUAAAAUAGGAAGACGGUCAUUUAUGUAUUUUUUAUUUAACGUUAUAUGUAAUGGGUCUGCUGUACUCAUGCUAUGCCCGUUUGGGGCAGUUCAUCCUUUGGUCUGUAGCAGUGCUCUUUCUAUCGGAAAGAUUAUCUAUACAAAGUAUUGUAUGGUCAUUAAAUUAUUGUAUGGGAGCUUAUUAUCUGUUUUAUCUUAUUAGAGACGUGGAAUUAUUAAAUUGUUGUAUAGGAGCUUAUUUUCUGUUUCAUCUUAUUAGAGACGUGAAAAUAUUAUGUGCUUA